AUGUCUGACAAGAUGUCUAGUUUCCUACAUAUUGGAGACAUUUGUUCUCUGUAUGCGGAGGGAUCGACAAAUGGAUUUAUUAGCACCUUGGGCCUGGUAGAUGAUCGCUGUGUUGUACAGCCAGAAGCCGGGGAUCUUAACAAUCCACCUAAGAAAUUCAGAGACUGCCUCUUCAAGCUAUGUCCCAUGAACCGCUACUCUGCCCAGAAGCAGUUUUGGAAAGCUGCAAAGCCGGGGGCCAACAGUACCACAGACACGGUGCUACUCAACAAGUUACACCAUGCUGCAGACUUGGAAAAGAAGCAGAAUGAGACAGAAAACAGGAAAUUGCUGGGGACUGUCAUUCAGUAUGGCAAUGUGAUCCAGCUCCUGCAUUUGAAAAGUAAUAAAUACCUAACUGUGAACAAGCGGCUUCCGGCUCUGCUGGAGAAGAACGCCAUGAGAGUGACUUUGGAUGAGGCUGGAAAUGAAGGGUCCUGGUUUUAUAUUCAGCCGUUCUACAAGCUGCGAUCCAUCGGAGACAGUGUGGUGAUAGGAGACAAGGUUGUCCUGAACCCUGUCAAUGCUGGCCAGCCCCUACACGCCAGCAGCCAUCAGCUGGUGGAUAACCCAGGCUGUAAUGAGGUCAAUUCUGUCAAUUGUAAUACAAGCUGGAAAAUAGUCCUUUUCAUGAAAUGGAAUGACAACAAAGACGACAUACUGAAGGGGGGUGAUGUGGUGAGGUUGUUCCAUGCUGAGCAGGAGAAGUUUCUCACCUGUGAUGAGCACAGGAAGAAGCAACAUGUCUUCUUGAGGACCACCGGCCGCCAGUCUGCCACAUCUGCCACUAGUUCCAAAGCCCUGUGGGAGGUGGAGGUUGUUCAACACGACCCUUGUCGCGGAGGAGCAGGGUAUUGGAACAGCCUCUUCCGUUUCAAGCAUCUGGCGACAGGACAUUACUUAGCAGCAGAGGUAGACCCUGACUUUGAGGAAGAAUGCCUGGAAUAUCAGCCCUCAGUGGACCCCGAUCAGGAUGCAUCUCGAAGUAGGUUACGGAAUGCCCAAGAAAAGAUGGUGUACUCCCUUGUCUCUGUGCCCGAAGGGAAUGACAUCUCCUCUAUUUUUGAGCUUGACCCCACCACUCUGCGUGGAGGUGACAGCCUUGUCCCAAGGAACUCCUAUGUUCGUCUCAGACACCUGUGUACCAAUACCUGGGUUCACAGCACAAAUAUCCCCAUUGACAAGGAAGAAGAGAAACCUGUGAUGUUGAAAAUUGGCACCUCCCCUGUGAAGGAGGAUAAGGAAGCGUUUGCCAUAGUUCCAGUUUCUCCUGCUGAGGUUCGAGACCUAGAUUUUGCCAAUGACGCCAGCAAGGUACUGGGCUCCAUAGCUGGGAAGCUGGAGAAAGGUACCAUCACCCAGAAUGAAAGAAGGUCUGUAACCAAACUGCUGGAAGACUUGGUUUACUUUGUCACUGGUGGAACUAACUCUGGUCAAGAUGUACUUGAAGUGGUCUUCUCCAAGCCUAACAGAGAACGGCAGAAGCUGAUGAGAGAACAGAAUAUUCUCAAGCAGAUCUUCAAGUUGCUACAAGCCCCAUUCACAGACUGUGGGGAUGGCCCGAUGCUUCGGUUGGAGGAGCUUGGGGACCAGCGGCACGCCCCUUUCCGACAUAUCUGCAGGCUGUGUUACAGGGUCCUGAGACACUCACAGCAAGACUACAGGAAGAACCAGGAAUAUAUAGCCAAACAGUUUGGCUUCAUGCAGAAACAGAUUGGCUACGACGUGUUGGCAGAAGACACCAUUACUGCCCUGCUGCACAAUAACCGAAAACUGCUAGAAAAACACAUCACUGCGGCAGAGAUUGACACGUUUGUCAGCCUGGUGCGGAAGAACAGGGAGCCCAGAUUCUUAGAUUACCUUUCUGACCUCUGUGUCUCAAUGAACAAAUCGAUCCCAGUUACCCAGGAACUGAUAUGUAAAGCUGUGCUGAAUCCAACCAAUGCUGACAUCCUGAUUGAGACCAAGUUGGUUCUGUCUCGUUUUGAAUUUGAAGGUGUUUCUACUGGAGAGAAUGUUCUGGAGGCAGGAGAGGAUGAGGAGGAGGUGUGGUUAUUUUGGAGGGACAGCAACAAGGAGAUCCGCAGUAAGAGUGUCAGGGAGCUGGCACAGGAUGCUAAGGAAGGGCAGAAGGAGGACCGAGAUGUUCUCAGCUACUACAGGUAUCAGCUGAACCUCUUUGCCAGGAUGUGUCUGGACCGUCAGUACCUGGCUAUCAAUGAGAUAUCGGGCCAGCUAGAUGUGGAUCUCAUUCUCCGUUGCAUGUCCGAUGAGAACCUGCCGUAUGACCUCCGUGCAUCCUUCUGCCGACUCAUGCUUCAUAUGCAUGUGGACCGAGAUCCCCAGGAACAAGUCACUCCCGUGAAAUAUGCCCGCCUCUGGUCGGAGAUUCCCUCAGAGAUCGCCAUUGAUGACUACGAUAGUAGUGGAACUUCCAAAGAUGAGAUCAAGGAGAGGUUCGCUCAGACCAUGGAAUUUGUGGAAGAGUAUUUGAGAGAUGUGGUCUGCCAGAGGUUUCCUUUCUCUGAUAAGGAGAAAAAUAAGCUCACAUUUGAGGUUGUAAACUUAGCAAGGAAUCUGAUAUACUUUGGUUUCUACAACUUCUCCGACCUUCUACGAUUAACCAAGAUCCUCCUGGCCAUAUUAGACUGUGUGCAUGUGACGACCAUCUUCCCCAUUAGCAAGAUGGCUAAAGGAGAAGAGAAUAAAGGCAGUAAUGUGAUGAGGUCCAUCCAUGGGGUUGGAGAGCUGAUGACCCAGGUGGUGCUCCGAGGAGGGGGCUUUCUGCCUAUGACUCCCAUGGCUGCUGCCCCAGAAGGCAAUGUGAAGCAGACAGAACCAGAGAAGGAGGACAUCAUGGUCAUGGACACCAAGCUGAAGAUCAUUGAGAUACUUCAGUUUAUUUUGAAUGUGAGGUUGGAUUAUAGGAUCUCCUGCCUCCUGUGUAUAUUUAAGCGGGAGUUUGAUGAAAGCAAUUCCCAGACCUCAGAAACAUCCUCCGGAAGCAGCAGCCAAGAGGGACCAAGUAAUGUACCAGGUGCUCUUGACUUUGAACACAUUGAAGAGCAAGCAGAAGGCAUCUUUGGAGGAAGGAAAGAGAACACCCCCUUGGACUUGGACGAUCAUGGCGGCAGGACCUUCCUUCGGGUCCUGCUCCACUUGACGAUGCACGACUACCCGCCCCUGGUGUCAGGGGCCCUGCAGCUGCUCUUCCGGCACUUCAGCCAGAGGCAGGAGGUGCUGCAAGCCUUCAAGCAGGUCCAGCUGCUUGUCACCAGCCAAGAUGUGGACAACUACAAACAGAUCAAACAAGACCUGGAUCAGCUGAGGUCCAUCGUGGAGAAGUCAGAACUCUGGGUGUACAAAGGGCAGGGUCCUGAUGAAGCAAUGGAUGGAGCAUCUGGCGAAAACGAGCAUAAGAAAACAGAGGAGGGGAAUAAUAAGUCACAAAAACAUGAAAGUACCAGCAGCUACAACUACAGGGUGGUAAAAGAGAUUUUGAUUCGACUUAGCAAGCUCUGCGUCCAAGAGAGUACCUCGGUUAGGAAGAGCCGGAAACAGCAGCAGCGGCUGCUCCGCAACAUGGGCGCCCACGCUGUUGUACUGGAGUUACUACAGAUCCCCUAUGAGAAGGCUGAAGACACCAAAAUGCAGGAAAUAAUGAGGCUGGCCCAUGAAUUCUUGCAGAAUUUCUGCGCAGGCAACCAACAGAACCAAGCUCUGCUCCACAAACACAUAAACCUGUUUCUCAACCCAGGGAUCCUGGAGGCAGUAACGAUGCAGCACAUUUUCAUGAACAAUUUCCAGCUUUGCAGUGAGAUCAACGAGAGAGUCGUUCAGCACUUCGUUCACUGCAUUGAAACCCAUGGUCGGAACGUUCAGUACAUCAAGUUCCUGCAGACAAUUGUCAAGGCAGAAGGGAAAUUCAUUAAAAAGUGCCAAGACAUGGUCAUGGCUGAGCUGGUCAACUCAGGAGAAGACGUGCUCGUGUUCUACAAUGACAGAGCCUCUUUCCAGACUCUGAUCCAGAUGAUGAGGUCAGAGCGAGACCGCAUGGAUGAGAACAGCCCACUCAUGUACCACAUCCACUUGGUGGAACUCCUGGCUGUAUGCACCGAGGGCAAGAAUGUGUACACCGAGAUCAAGUGUAACUCCCUACUGCCACUCGAUGACAUUGUCCGUGUGGUGACCCACGAGGACUGCAUCCCUGAGGUUAAAAUCGCAUACAUUAACUUCCUGAAUCACUGCUAUGUGGACACUGAGGUGGAAAUGAAGGAGAUUUACACCAGCAAUCACAUGUGGAAGUUGUUUGAAAAUUUCCUUGUAGAUAUCUGCAGGGCCUGUAACAACACAAGUGACAGGAAGCACGCAGACUCCAUUCUGGAGAAGUACGUGACUGAAAUUGUCAUGAGUAUUGUUACUACCUUCUUUAGUUCGCCCUUCUCAGAUCAGAGUACGACGUUGCAGACUCGUCAGCCGGUUUUUGUGCAGCUGCUGCAAGGCGUGUUCAGGGUUUACCACUGCAACUGGCUGGUGCCGAGCCAGAAAGCCUCCGUGGAGGGCUGCAUCCGGGUACUUUCAGAUGUAGCUAAGAGCCGGACCAUUGCCAUCCCGGUGGACUUGGACAGCCAAGUCAACAACCUCUUUCUGAAGUCCCAUAACAUUGUGCAGAAAACAGCCAUGAACUGGCGGCUGUCAGCCCGUAAUGCAGCACGCAGAGACUCCGUCCUGGCUGCUUCCAGAGACUACCGGAACAUCAUUGAGAGACUGCAGGACAUUGUUUCGGCGCUGGAGGACCGGCUCAGGCCCCUGGUGCAGGCUGAGCUCUCUGUACUCGUGGAUGUGCUCCAUAGACCUGAACUGCUUUUCCCAGAGAACACAGAUGCCAGACGAAAAUGUGAAAGCGGGGGCUUCAUUUGCAAGUUAAUAAAGCAUACCAAACAGUUGCUGGAGGAGAAUGAGGAGAAGCUCUGUAUUAAGGUACUGCAGACCCUCAGAGAGAUGAUGACCAAAGACAGAGGCUAUGGAGAAAAGGGUGAGGCGCUCAGGCAAAUUUUGGUCAACCGUUACUAUGGAAACAUCAGACCUUCGGGAAGAAGAGAGAGCCUGACCAGCUUUGGCAAUGGUCCACUGUCACCCGGAGGACCCAGCAAACCUGGGGGAGGAGGGGGAGGAUCCGGGUCCGGCUCCAUGAGUAGAGGUGAGAUGAGCUUGGCUGAGGUCCAGUGCCACCUUGACAGGGAGGGCGCUUCCAAUCUGGUUAUCGACCUCAUCAUGAAUGCAUCCAGUGACCGAGUGUUCCAUGAAAGCAUCCUCCUGGCCAUUGCCCUUCUGGAAGGAGGCAAUACCACCAUACAGCACUCUUUUUUCUGCCGGCUAACAGAAGACAAGAAGUCAGAGAAAUUCUUCAAAGUUUUCUAUGACCGAAUGAAGGUGGCCCAGCAAGAGAUUAAGGCAACGGUGACAGUAAACACCAGUGAUCUGGGAAACAAAAAGAAAGAUGACGAAACAGACAGAGAUGCUCCUUCACGAAAAAAAGCCAAGGAGCCUGCCACGCAGAUAACAGAGGAGGUCCGAGAUCAGCUCCUAGACGCUUCUGCUGCCACCAGAAAAGCCUUCACCACUUUCCGGAGGGAGGCUGACCCCGAAGACCACUACCAGUCAGCGGAGGGCGCCCAGGCCACCGCAGACAAGACGAAGGACGAGCUGGAGAUGAGUGCGGUCAUCACCAUCAUGCAGCCCAUUCUGCGCUUUCUACAGCUCCUCUGUGAGAACCAUAAUCGAGACCUGCAGAACUUCCUUCGUUGCCAAAAUAACAAAACCAAUUAUAAUUUGGUAUGUGAGACCCUGCAGUUUUUGGACUGUAUUUGUGGCAGCACAACUGGAGGCCUUGGUCUGCUCGGACUAUACAUAAAUGAGAAGAAUGUAGCGUUGAUCAAUCAAACCCUGGAGAGUCUCACGGAGUACUGCCAAGGACCGUGCCAUGAGAACCAGAACUGCAUAGCCACCCACGAGUCCAAUGGCAUCGACAUCAUCACAGCCCUCAUCCUCAAUGACAUCAAUCCUUUGGGCAAGAAGCGGAUGGACCUUGUGUUAGAACUGAAGAACAAUGCUUCCAAGUUACUCCUGGCUAUCAUGGAGAGUCGGCACGACAGUGAGAAUGCCGAGAGGAUCCUUUAUAACAUGAGGCCAAAAGAGCUGGUGGAAGUGAUCAAGAAGGCCUACCUGCAAGGUGAAGUGGAAUUUGAGGAUGGAGAAAAUGGCGAGGAUGGAGCUGCCUCUCCCCGGAAUGUGGGGCACAAUAUCUACAUAUUAGCUCAUCAGUUGGCUCGGCAUAACAAAGAACUCCAGACCAUGUUGAAGCCCGGUGGUCAAGUGGAGGGAGACGAAGCUCUGGAGUUUUAUGCCAAGCACACAGCGCAAAUAGAGAUCGUCAGGUUAGACCGAACAAUGGAACAGAUCGUCUUCCCAGUCCCCAGCAUAUGUGAAUUUCUAACCAAAGAGUCAAAACUACGAAUAUAUUACACUACAGAGAGGGACGAGCAGGGUAGCAAAAUCAAUGAUUUCUUCCUGCGGUCCGAAGACCUCUUCAAUGAAAUGAAUUGGCAAAAGAAACUGAGAGCGCAGCCGGUUCUGUAUUGGUGUGCCCGCAACAUGUCCGUUUGGAGCAGCAUCUCCUUCAACCUGGCUGUGUUGAUGAAUUUGCUGGUGGCGUUUUUCUACCCAUUUAAAGGAGUCCGAGGAGGGACUCUGGAGCCGCAUUUGUCUGGCCUGCUGUGGACAGGCAUGCUUAUCUCCUUGGCCAUUGUCAUUGCCCUCCCCAAGCCUCACGGCAUCCGGGCAUUAAUCGCAUCCACAAUCCUCCGGUUGAUCUUUUCAGUGGGGUUACAACCCACGUUGUUUCUCCUGGGAGCUUUCAAUGUCUGCAAUAAAAUCAUCUUUCUGAUGAGCUUCGUGGGCAACUGUGGCACGUUUACCAGAGGCUACCGAGCCAUGGUCCUUGAUGUUGAGUUCCUUUAUCACUUGUUAUAUCUGCUGAUCUGUGCCAUGGGGCUCCUUGUUCAUGAAUUCUUCUACAGUUUGCUGCUUUUUGAUUUAGUGUACAGAGAAGAGACUCUGCUUAAUGUCAUUAAAAGUGUCACUCGUAAUGGGCGGUCCAUCAUCCUGACAGCGGUGCUGGCUCUGAUCCUGGUUUACCUCUUCUCCAUAGUGGGCUAUCUUUUCUUCAAGGAUGACUUUAUCCUGGAAGUAGAUAGGUUACCCAAUGAAACAGCUCUCCCAGAAGCUGGUGAGAGCUUGGCAGGCGAGUUCCUGUACUCAGAUGUGUGCCGGGUGGAAUCAGGGGAGAACUGUUCCUCUCCUGCCCCCAAAGAAGAGCUGGUCCCCGCAGAAGAACUGGAACAAGAUAAGGAACACACUUGUGAGACGUUGCUGAUGUGCAUUGUUACCGUUCUGAGUCACGGGCUACGAAGCGGGGGCGGAGUGGGAGAUGUGCUCAGGAAGCCGUCCAAAGAGGAACCCCUCUUUGCAGCUAGAGUGAUUUAUGACCUCCUGUUCUUCUUCAUGGUCAUCAUUAUCGUCCUGAAUCUGAUUUUUGGAGUCAUCAUCGACACCUUUGCAGACCUGAGGAGUGAAAAACAGAAGAAGGAAGAAAUCUUAAAGACCACAUGCUUUAUCUGUGGCUUGGAGAGAGACAAGUUUGACAACAAGACAGUCACUUUUGAAGAGCAUAUCAAGGAGGAACAUAACAUGUGGCACUACCUGUGCUUCAUCGUCCUGGUGAAAGUGAAGGAUUCCACAGAGUACACGGGGCCUGAGAGCUAUGUGGCGGAAAUGAUCAAGGAACGAAACCUUGAUUGGUUCCCUAGGAUGAGAGCCAUGUCCUUGGUGAGCAGUGAUGCUGAUGGAGAACAGAACGAGCUACGGAACCUGCAGGAGAAGCUGGAGUCCACCAUGAAGCUGGUCACUAAUCUCUCCGGUCAGCUCUCAGAAUUAAAAGAUCAGAUGACAGAACAAAGGAAGCAGAAACAAAGAAUUGGUCUUCUAGGACAUCCUCCUCACAUGAACGUCAACCCACAGCAACCAGCAUAA